UUGUAUAUAAAUAAUUAUAUCCUAACACAUUACGUUCAUACUUGGUAGGGUUCAUCACGAUUGAUUGUGGAUCGAACAGAGAAUACUUGGACAAAGGAACUGUAAUUUGGUACGAGAGCGAUAAAAAAUUUGUAGAAACAGGAGAGAAUUGCAAAGUAGCAGGGAGUUCGAAUUUAAACGAUCCAUACUUUGGGAAAGCGUCGAGAACGGCGAGAUGCUUUCCGGAAGGAGUGAGAAACUGCUACAAUCUGACGAGAGUGCCACAACAACAAAGGUAUCUAAUUAGGGCGAUAUUCAUAUAUAACAACUAUGAUGGCAAAAAUCAAAACAUGACAUUUGAUAUUCAUCUUGGAGUGAAUCUGUGGGACACAGUGAGUCUUGAUUCUGAGUCUUAUUGGUCUUUCACUGAGAUUAUAUACACUCACACCAGUGACUCCAUACAAAUUUGUCUUGUAAAAACUGGCCAAUCCACUCCUUGCAUUUCUUCUUUGGAACUACGCCCUUUGAGUAGCUCUGUUUAUGCUCUCAACUCGACCACCAAUUCACCGCUACUGUUGUAUUUACGGACUGACAUCGCCUCCCUUGAUGCACGUGAGUAUGUCAGGUACAAAGAUGAUGUGUAUGACCGGAUUUGGCGUUAUGAUCGCGAUGUAGAUAGUUGGCAAAGCUUGGAAUUAGAUAACUACUCAACCGCCAUUGAUAUUGGAAGCAAUAAAUCAGAUUCUUAUAAAGUACCGUCCAAAGUAAUGAGGAGUGUUGCAACAUCACAGAUUGUUUCUGAUGCCUUGGAAUUUAGUUAUAGCAGUGUGCUUGGAAUCGAAGUUGAAAACUCUAGCGGGUAUUAUACAUACUUCCACUUUGCUGAAAUUGAGCAACUUGGGGUUGGAAAAAAAAGAAUAAUUGACAUCACCCUUAACUCGCAAAGCAUUCUCUCAGAACCGUUGGUUCUUGAAUACUUGAAACCAGUCACUGUUAGUUCUGCAUAUACAGCACAUGGUGAUAUUAAUGUUAGCAUUAGUGCAACUUCAGGAUCAGAAGCUCCCCCAAUCCUCAACGCCCUUGAGAUCUAUCGGUUCGUACCGGAGAUUGAUUUCCCAACUGACGCAAAAGACGUGUGUGCAAUAGAGGACAUAAAAAGCGCUUACCAAAUUACAAAGUUGAAUUGGCAAGGUGAUCCAUGUCGUCCUACACAGUUUACAUGGGAGGGUCUCAAUUGUACCUCACACAAAAAUGCAAGGAUCAAAUCUUUGAACCUCAGGUCAAGCAAAUUGAGUGGGCAGAUAAAUAUUUCGUUCUCAUAUUUUACAGAACUAGAAUUUUUGGAUUUGUCUGACAAUGAGUUGGAAGGACCUGUGCCUGAAUUUUUAGCAGAGUUGCCGAAAUUAAAAGUUCUUAAUUUAACUAAGAACAAGCUUUCAGGUUUAAUUCCUGAGGCUCUAUUGAAGAAGGCAGAUAAUAAGUCUUUGCAAUUAAGUGUGGCUGAUAAUCCUAAUCUAUGUAAGAAAUAUUCAUGCAAUAAGAAGAACUUUUUUGUACCACUUAUUGCAUCAUUUCCAGCUUUAAUUGUCAUCCUUUUCAUUGUCCUUGGAUUUUGGAUAUCAAAAAGAAGACAGAAAGGUCCAACUCUACAUAUUCCCACCAAAGACAAGUUGGAUUGUAAAAAAGAAGUAUGUUUGGAGUCAAAACAAAAAGCAUUCAGUUAUAGUGAGAUUCUGAAUAUUACUGAUAACUUAAAAACAAUAAUUGGAGAAGGAGGAUUUGGAAAAGUUUAUCUUGGCGUUCUACAAGAUCACACUCAAGCUGCCGUCAAAUUGCUUUCGGUAUCUUCCACACAAGGCUUCAAAGAAUUCCAAUCAGAGGUAGAACUCCAUAGGAGUAUUCGUCAUAGGAACUUGGUGUCCCUCGUUGGCUAUUGUGAUGAAGGAGAGAUUAAAGCAUUGAUUUAUGAAUACAUGGCAAAUGGAAAUCUCCAUCGACAUUUAUCAAAGCAACAUCCAAAUGUGUUGAAGUGGGAUGAGAGACUAGAUUAUUUGCAUAAUGGUUGUAAGACAGCUAUUGUACAUAGAGAUUUGAAGACUUCAAACAUAUUACUAGAUAAGUGGAAUCAUGCCAAGAUAUCUGAUUUUGGUCUUAGUAGAGCUUUUCCUAAUGAUGAUGAUUCUCACAUAUCAACUCGCCCUGCUGGCACACCAGGCUACAUUGAUCCAGAGUUUCAUAGGGUUGGAUACUUGAAUAAAAAGAGCGACGUUUAUAGCUUGGGAAUAAUUCUGCUUGAAUUGAUGACGGGUGAAGCUGCAAUAAUAGUAAGAGAUGAUGGUGCCAUUCACAUACUUGAAUGGGUUAGGCCCAUAGUUGAAAGAGGUGAUGAUAUUCAAAACAUUGUUGAUUCAAGGUUGUUGCAACAAGGAGACUUUAAUGUUGACUCUUUAAGGAAAGUUUUUGAGAUUGCCUUGUGUUGCACAAGAGUUUCAGCUCAAAGACCAGACAUAAGUCAAGUCCUUUUAGACCUAAAGGAUUUCCUAUUUCUUGAAAAUGGUUAGCAUUGCACCUCACAUGUCCAUGCAACUUGAAACAGAAUUUUCUCUUGUAGGAAGGCCAGGUAAUAACAACAAGAGAAAGUAUAGGGAGCCAAUGAAAUAUUUGUACAAUGUAUACAAUAAAAAUUUAAAAAGUAUUAAAAAUAUAAUCAUUAGUGUUAUCUUUUUCUAUCAGCUGAAGCUUUUGGGAUGAUGUACUUUAUAGUUUAGGGUUUAUUAUUACUUAUAUAUAUUAUCUCUAGAUGUAAACUUGUACAAAAUAUUGAAUGUAUUUUUAAACUUGUUCACGUACU